AUGCUUCUCAAAUCCGCGCUCCCGCCGCUCCUCUCGCUGCUCUCCCUGGCAACCGCCUACCAUGUGCUUAGCGAUGAGACGCUCAAACAUCUCCCAGGACCGGGCGAUGACUUCGAUAUAAAGACUGGGUCGAUCAUGGCGCCCAUUUUGGUGCCCCGGGUGUCUGGAACCGAAGGAAAUGCGGCAGUGCGAAAGCAUUUUGUCGACUUUUUCGCGUCACAUCUACCGGACUGGAGGGUGGAGUUGCACAACUCGACUUCGACGACACCCGUGAGCAAGGGCAAAGAGGUCCCGUUUGUCAACAUCAUUGCGACUCGCGAUCCACCCAAUAGUCUGCCGGGAGAUGUCUCGAGGCUGGCCUUGGUCGCGCAUUACGACAGCAAGUACACUCCCACGGGCUUUAUUGGAGCCACCGACAGUGCAGCACCCUGUGCCAUGAUUUUGCAUGCUGCACGAAGCAUUGACGCCGCAUUGACGAAGAAGUGGGCUGCUGCCAAACCAGAUGACAUUGUGGAGCACAAGGGCGUACAGAUUAUCUUGCUGGACGGAGAAGAAGCUUUCCACAGCUGGACGGAUACAGACAGUCUCUAUGGUGCUCGUGCGCUUGCGGAAGCGUGGGAGACGACGUUCCAUGCAGCAGCAUCGACCUAUCGCACCCCUCUAGAUUCUAUUGAACUCUUUCUCCUCCUCGACCUGCUGGGCUCGAAAGAGCCUCGCGUGCCGUCGUACUUUAAGACCACGCACUGGGCGUACAGACACAUGGCCGUGGCCGAGGGCCGUUUGCGAAGGCUGGGAAUGAUGAAGACGUCCGCGAACCACAUCGACAAGGUCAAAGGGCGGGAGAACAAGAAGCCACGCGCCGAUCCCAUGUUUCUGCCCGAAAAAGCAAAACCCAACGACAGGUUUCAGGGCGGCACUGUGCAGGACGACCACAUUCCUUUCAUGGCUCGCGGAGUCGAAAUAUUGCACGUUAUACCCAGCCCUUUCCCAAAAGUCUGGCACGAAAUCACAGACGACGGCGAGCAUCUCGACAUGGACACUGUCGAGGAUUGGGCUAAGCUGGUCAUCGUCUUUGCAGCAGAGUGGAUGGAGUUGGAAGGCUACUUUGACCUUGGGACGCAGAAGAAGCGGGUUGCAGAUGCCGAGAAAUCGGAGCUCUCAUACAUCCCCACCUCACCCCCUACCAUGCCCAAAGGAAGACCCAAAAAACACAACCCCACCCUCUACCCUCUCCCCCCCUCCCCCCCUUCCCCAACCCUCAUACCUCCAAACCCCCAAUCCACCCCCCACCGCCGCGGCGGCAAACACCGCGUCAAAUCCGCCGACCUAACCCACACACCCUACGACGACUUCAGCUACGCCGCCAUCCUCUCACUCUCCAAAGACCGCGCCCUCUACCGCAAAGACAUGAAGAAGGGGGAAAUGGCAGCCGCAAACGCCCACUUUGAUGCCGAGACACGGCGGUGCGAGGACGCGGCGCUUGCGGAGCGCGAGAGGCGCGUGCAGGAGGAGAAGAGGCGGGAGGCGGCGCGCAGGGAAAGAGAGGUGGAGAGGGAGAGGAGGAGGGUGGUGGGGGAGGAGUUGAGUAGUGCGGAUGAAGGGGACGCGGGAUGGGAGUGUGUUGAUGCAGGGGCGAAUGAGUAUGAGCAGGGUGUUGUGGGGUGUAUAUUGAGUGACUCGGAGGGUUGGAGUGAUUCUUCGGAGGAUGAGGAGGAAGAGCGCGUGGGGCCGGAGACGCCGACGCUCAGGCCGGACUGUGGAUUGCGGCUUUUCGAGUGGCCUGCGUGGUCGGACGAGAGGGGGGAGGAGGUGGAAUUGUCGUUGUUGCAUCAAUCUGGUCUUACUCCAAUCUCACCCUCCCAUCUCACACACAGCUCAACUACAUGGUUCCCCCUCCCUGUCCCUUACACCCCACUAAUCCUCCACACAACACAUACCCAGCAAGCCCUGCACCUCCCCGGCGCCCUCUACCCACUGCACAUCCCACCCUCCUACACACCCGCCAUACCCACCGCCACCCGCCGCGCCGCCCACACCGGCCUCCUGCUCCCGCCCUUGCACAAUGCUUGUCUAGAGCGAGGGGUCGACUGGGCGGCACGCACGCGUGUGGAUGGAGCCACCGGGGCGAUGUUUUUCCGGUUGCCGGAGCGGAAGAGGGGCGCGGGCGCGUUGCGGGAUGUGUAUGAGAGGUGGGAGGGCGAGGAGAGGAGAGCGAGGAGGGUGGGAGGGAGAAAGAGUGCAAAGGAUGUUAGGGAGGAGAGGGCGUGGCGGCGGGCGCAGCGCGCGAGGAGGAAGGCGAGGAAGGUGGCCGAGAUUUACGAAGCGAGUCGGUGGAAGCCGAUGGCGCUGGUAUAUGUACCUGCGUAUUUGGAUUGGGAAGAUGGGGAGGUGGAGAAGGGUAGUGUAAUAGGAGGGGCUAGGGAUGGGGAUGACGAGGGUCACCGUACCUUGGAGAAUCUGUACUAUGUGAGGUUCAAGGAGUGCGAUGUUCCGCACUAUUAUUUCUGGCGGAGCAGGAAUUAG